UCCAAGCUCCACGGUGUUGUCUCCAUUGCGCGCCAAAUCAACCACCCCUCUCUUCCCUUUCCAUUUUCCCUUUCUUUCAAUUUUAUCCUCGUAUUUCUCCAUGCCGAAGCAUCCUCUGGAUCUUCUCACGCAUUCUUUUCCAAUGUCUUGUGAUUUCUUGUUGGUGGACAUCCAGUCUUCAUCCACGAGCUGAGUAUUCUCGUUCAUCUUUAUUUACCAUUGGUCGGAUUCAUCGAGAUUCGGUUCUUGAAUGAUUUUGUAUGAUUUAUGAUCAGAAUGUCGCGGACGUUGACGCCCCGGAGCUCUGCUUAUCUUAGCGCUUUGUCCCUGCAGAUUGAGAAGAAGCUGCAGCGGGCAGCACGGUUGGGGGUUAUUUAUAUGAAGAUUGCAUGAGAGUAAUAUUGGCGGCAAGAUGUGUAGAGGCUAGUGUAAGAAUGUUUGAUUUGGCAACAAAAUAAUAACUUUGUCCCCAGCUGGCUCCCUCUUAACUACUUCCAUCUCUGCUAAAUUUGGGAAAACAUAAGGUGGUGGAUAGAUUAAGGAAAUCCACUCAUUUCAUACCAUCACAACUCCCUUUAUUUCCUAAGGUGGUGGCUCUCUUUUGAAAUCAUGUCUUACUCCGUAACUUUGCUAGAUCCGUUACAUCUGAGUGUAACAAAGUUUCCGCGGGUCAUAUUUGGGUGUAGUUGUUUGGUUACAAGACACAUCCCUCCUUGGAAGUAUGACACAUUACCAUAAAUGGAUGACCAAUCUGAAGUCAACUGCGCUGUUUCUGCUAUGACAAACUGAAGGGUGACAUUUUUGGUUGGUAUGGUGUAAUAUCAAAAUUAAUUUCUCGAUUGAAAGUAUGUAGAUGAGCACCACCUUCCUCAGUUGUACAGUUUAGACAAUUGGCAAGCACUAAUUCGGUAUAAGGUCAACUAAUUAAGAUUGACACCAUGCUUUUUUGUGAACUUGAGGCUUAUUUAUUACGGGACAUAGUUUCAGAUGAAGCACGUUGUGGUCAGUAAACCUAGAGAGAUUGAAUCCACAUGAUUUGGUUUAUUUGAAACUUCUGCCAUAUAUAUUGUUCUCCUUAGCUCAAAAGGUGAAUAAAAUUUUUCUCGAAGAGGUUUUUGUCCUUAUCGGCUGCUUGUAUGAAUAUGUAAAAUGCUUAUUGGCUUACCAGCGAAGUACACCACUGGACAUUUUUGUCCAACAAUUGAUGGGUUCCCUGGAUUCCGACUCAGAAUGAAACGUUGAGACAAAUCAUGUAUUGGGAAUGCGACAUACUGAAGAAGAGGCCCACAUUCAAUGGAAAGGCUUAGUGGACUUGGCAUUAGCUUCUUCAUCACAGAGGCGAGAUGUACUGCGAGAAUUGUUUGCUGACAUAGCAUUAGAAGUCGAUGACCGAGCCAAAGAAAUAAUUCUCAGCACAGAGGAAGAUGCGAUUGCACCUGUGGAGCAUGGAAUGGAUAAUCCAUUAUGCUUUUACGAUGUUCUUGCUGAUUAUUAUGUUCAGGUGCCAGAAGGCGGGAAACCAAUCCUUGAUUUGAUUGUCAAACUGUGGAGCCAAUCAUUUACAUGUCAUAUUUUCACCCUCUUAUUCCACAAAUGGCUCUUUGAAAUUGAAAUUGAAAAUUCUGAUGAAGCCCACCUCCGUAAUUCAUCUGCUCUUGUUCAAGGUGCCACCAAUAUCUUCUGGCUUGAUAUUCAGGCGAACACUAGUCGAUUUAAAUCUCUCUUUCAUUAUCUUCUUGGAGAAGUUGCAUUUCAACCUGCCAGAUCGAACAAAAUCCCCAUACAGGUUCAAAGAGAUCUUUUUCUUUUACUUUCAAGGUUCUUAAUUUUCUAUGAUUCAGAUGAUAAGCUUAAAAGUUUUUUAAAGCAAUUUCCUCCUUUCCCAAAUGCCAUACUGAUAGGUGGUCCAGCUGACUUGUUUGUGAUUGAACUUACUGAUCAGAUUCAAAAGCUGAAGGUGGAACCUGUACUGCUGCAUUAUUUUUCACACCUGAUUGUUCUCCAAGGUUUGGAACUCAGAAUGACCACAAGUACAAGGCUAAAAACUUGUUUGUAUAGCUUCACCCCUCCGGGUGGCCCCAUGUAUCCUACCAGAGCUGUUCGACACGCUGCAUGGGAUGCUCUAGAUUUGCUAUUUCCAGUUGGACGAUAUCCUAGGCAUCUUAUAAGCCUAUUUUUCAGAUUAUUGUACCCAUGGUACUGGCCUUCAUCUUGUUGGAACUUUGUAUUAUCAUGUAUAAGGGCAGUAUUUCAUUCCUUGUUUCGGUUCGUCUUUUCGAGAUAUGAGAAUCCUAAACAGCACAAAUAAUUGGCGUAGAAACUAAGUUUGUAUAUGUACACAAAAGACAUUUUUUACCCUCAUGCCAUGCUGUCGUCCCUCGUUUUUUCUGGGGGCUGUGUGUAUGUAUCUUUUACUGAUUCAAACCCGUCUUGUGUUGACUAUCAUUGAUAAGUGUCCAAGAGGAAACAAGAAAAGAAAGAACAUAUAUUUGAUU